CUUUCGCCCGUUAAACUAGUGGGGAGUAUAAAAUCUCCCUCGGCCCUUCCCCACAGUUCACGACUCCACCACACACACUUUCCCCUCCUCUCGUCCUCCGGAGAGCACCUCCGCCUCGCUCUCAUGGCCUCAGAGCCUAUAGAGUGCCAGGUCCUGGUGUUGAGGGUAUCCAUCCACUGUGAGGGAUGCAAGAAGAAGGUGAAGAAAGUGCUCCAAAACAUUAAUGGCGUGUACCGAUGCGAGAUCGAUGCCCGGAGCAACAAGGUCAUGGUGACGGCCUCAACGAAGCUCGAUCCCUACGUCCUCGUUGCCAAGCUGCGCAAGUCCGGCAAACAGGCCGGCCUGUGGCCCGAGCAGCCGAUACAACAGCAGCCACCACCUGCUGAGAGCCAGAGCCAAGAGCCCAAGAGCCAAGCCGACGAGCAGAGCAAACCCAACGAAACUGCCGAGAAGCCGGGCGCCGACAACGCCGACGCCGCCGGGGCAGAGCCGAGCAACCCCCAGCCUCCACCGGAGCCUAAACAGAGCACCGCCGGCGAGACCCCAAAACAGGAGAGCAAGGAAACCUCCGGUGCCAAUGCGAACGCCAGCGGCGAGGCCGCGGCGGCAGCAGAGGCGCCGCUGCCGCAACCCAGCGAACCAAAGGGGAAAGCGAAGCAGCAGCCUCCGGAGCUGGAGAAGCAGCCGGUCGACGCCCGGGUGACGGUGGAGUACGACCGAGGCGUCGGCAGCAGCUACGGGAACCACAUGCCGCCGCCGCAGCAUGUGGUGAUGAGCUACAACCAGGCGCGGCCGAGCAUGAGCGCGUCCUACUACGCCCCCGCGCCGGCGCCGGCGCCGGCGCCGAUGGCGAGGCCGGGGCCGUCGCAGGGCUACAUCGACGAGCAGUACACGCCGUCCUACUACGGCCGGCCCUCGCCGUACGAGCCCUACUACUACAACGCUCCUCAGCCGUCGCCGUAUCGCUACCAGUACCAGUCCGCUCCGUCGGAGGACUACUACUACAGCGCGCCGCCGCAGAGGAGCGCCUUCUCCCCGCCGCGGGACGGCUACGGCGACAUGUUCAACGACGAGAACGCCAAUUCUUGCAGCGUGAUGUGAAGGUGGAGGAAGGAAGCUAGUAGCUCACUGUCCCGUGAUCGAGCACGGCUAUAUGUUGCUAGAGGUAGUAGAAAUUAGUACACGUAACCAAUAUGUAUUAGCACUGCUCGGGCUUCAUGGCGCUACAAUAAGAUGAGUUGAGCUUGAAUGCAGGGAGAGCGUGAGGGGCUGAUGGAACAGCUCUGGUGCUCAUCAGGGCAAUUUUGUAACAUUUGACUUGGUUAAACUGGAGGUAUCCAAUUUCUUCAAAUCCAGUUGAGAAUUUUGUACAGAAGAAAUAUGGGCAGAGGCACUAGCUAUCUUGUACCGUU